AUGACGGCCGAGAGAAGCCAGCACUAUGGAGAGGUGAAAAAGGAGAUCCUGAGCCGAGUAGGCCUUUCCCCAAUCUGUGCGGCGCAGCAGUUCCAUGACUGGGAAUAUCGAGCUCGACAGCCCGCUCGCGCCCAGGCGGCCGAACUAUCCCGGUUGGCCCAACAUUGGCUGUUGACCGGGGGUCCCUCCGCACACCAGGUAGCUGAGCGUGUGGUGAUCGACCGGUUCCUCCGCGCCCUUCCCCGCGCGUUGAGGCAGGCGGCGGGCAUGAGGAACCCCACCGAUCUCGACGGGUUCCAGAGCCCGGCUGGCGAUAACGUGCGUGCACGGGGACACCAGGCGUGUGCCGGCCCGGCGAGUGACCAUCACCGCGUCCCCUGGUUCCUGGCCCGUCGAAGUGGGAAUCUUAAGGAACCUACCGGUGUGUUUGGUGUUGAGACGAAUAAGGUGAAGUCUGUUUCAGUGAAGAAGGGAGAUUCUAUAAUUCUAAACAAUGAUUUUGACGGUAUACACACAUAUGAUAAGAUUGAGUGGCGUUUUGUACAACUACGUAUAGCUGUAAUAAAGAAAGCAAUCGGGAACAAUCCUCAAUAUGAUGAUGAUGAGAGAUUCAGAGACAGACUGAAGCUGGAUCAGACCGGAUCUCUGACCAUCACAGACACCAGAACCACUGACUCUGGACUUUAUAAACUAAGUAUCACUAUUAAGAAUCAUGAGACUAUCAAGAAAUUUAAUGUUACUGUUUAUGCUCAUCUUCCAGUUCCUGUUAUCUCCAGAAACUCUUCACAUUGCUCAUCAUCAUCAUCAUCAUCAUGUUCAGUGGUGAAUGUGAGUCAAUUGACCUUCUCCUGGUUCAAAGGAAACAGUUUAUUGUCCAGCAUCAGUGUGUCUGAUCUCAGCAUCAGUCUCUCUCUUCCUCUGGAGGUGGAAUAUCAGGAUAAUAACACCUACAGCUGUGUGAUCAACAAUUCCUUCACUAAACAAAGCACACAUCUCAACAUAAGCAAACUAUGUCAAACAUGUUCAGGUAUGUAA